AUGUCAAGCGCGAGGGGAAGCCUUCGGUUACUGGAGAAAUGUAUAAAUAUGAGGCAACUGAAGCAAGCUCAUGCCCAGAUAGUCUUGGGAGGGCUUGGAGAGAACAGAUUUGCCAUCAGCAGGAUCUUGGCUUUCUGCUCGGACCCAAACAGCGGCUGCGUCGCUCAUGCUCAGGUGCUUUUCCGGCAGACUAAGCAGCCAACGAUAUGCAUCUGCAACACGAUGAUAAAAACGCUCUUGCUGAAGGGAGAGUACACCAGGCUCGCAGACAUUUAUCGUCAAAUUCUGCAUGAUGGGCUUCUCCCAGACAACUAUACGUUUCCUUACAUGCUCAAGGGAUGCGCCCACCUGCGAGACUCUCAGAUCGGAGAACAAGUCCACGGCCACGCAUUGCAACUCGGGUUUGACUUUGAUGUUUUUGUCGGAAACACGCUCAUUCUCAUGUACUCAGCGUGCGGUAAAAUGGAAGACGCACACCAGAUGUUCGACCUUACUCCUCAACGAAAUGCAGCUUCUUGGACGGUCCUAAUCUCCGCAUACUCCAAGCUGGGGGAGGUUGGAGCCGCCCGGGAGCUCUUCGAUCAGUCGCAGGUGAAAGACCGGGGAGUUUGGGGCUGCAUGAUUUCUGGGUAUGUCCAGAAUAACUGUUUCAAAGAGGCCUUAGGCAUGUUCAGAGAUAUGCAACUGGCCGGCGUCAAACCAGACGAGGGUAUCUUUGUGAGCAUCCUCAGUGCUUGUGCCCAACUGGGGGCCCUAGAUCUCGGCACCUGGAUCCACCGUUAUCUGAAACGGGUCGGCUUCACGCUGGGCAUUCGCCUCUCCACUGCCCUCAUAGACAUGUACCUGAAAUCCGGAGACUGGGCCCUUGCCAUCAAGCUGUUCGCCAAUAUGCCGCAGAGGGACGUCAUCUCCUGGAACGUGAUGAUCAUCGGCUUGGCGACGCACGGAGACGGCCGAGGGGCACUCGAGCUGUUCGCUCAGAUGCAGAGAGAAGGAUUUUCCCCAGACGAGACCACCUUCCUCGCUGUCUUAUCUGCUUGCUCUCACUCGGGUCUGGUCUCAGAAGGCCUCCGGGAAUUUAAAAGCAUGAAGGCGGUGCACGGAAUCGAACCCAGAGGAGAACAUUACGGCUGCGUGGUGGACUUCCUCUCCCGUGCCGGGCUGUUCAACGAGGCCCAAGGGAUCAUCGCCAUGAUGCCCACUUCGAGCAGCCCCUCGGAGAAGGCGGUGGCAUGGAGGGCUCUACUGAGCGCCUGCUGGCGGCACGGAGAAGAACAGUUGGCGGAACUCGCCGCUCGUUGUCUACUGCAGCUGGAGGAUCACAGCGGAGCGUACGUCCUCCUCUCGAACGUCUACAGGAGGAGCGGCCGGCACGGAGUCGCCGAGGGAGUGAAGAAACUGAUGUGGGGCCGAGGAGUGGCCAAGCCUCCAGGCUGCAGCUCCGUAGAAAUCGGCGGAUCUGUUCACGAGUUCGUCGCCGGCGAGAGGGUCCACCGGCAGAUGAGCCAGGUGUAUGAGGUCUUGCAUGCGAUGAGCCAUCACAUGGACGACAAUGGUGCCACAUGCACAUCUGAUGAAACAAUCCUGUGA